AUGAUUUCUUCUUUCUUCUUACUCAAUUUAGUCAAAUGGAAUUCACCAAAUCUUAAAGACAAAAAGGUGGGUUCUAAAAAUAUUCAUCUGAAACCAGUUGAUACCUUCGGAAUUUCUAAUAUUUUUUUUUCGGAACCAGCCCCAACAGUAGUUGAAGCAGGAAAAACAUAUGGCAUUACAUUAACUAUAUGUGGCACAUUCGAAAAUAAUGUUUACAUCCAUUAUAAACAAAGCGGUGAGGAAGGAAAUUCAAAAAUUUAUGAAGAUCCAGUGCCAAGCACCAACCAAUCCGCUUCCCGCCAAUUUACCUUCCCACAGGAUCCUCCCUCACAGGAUAUCACAUAUAUUUUCUGGUUGUCUCAUUCUAAUACUCCUGCAACGAAUCCCGGAGAUUCAGAUUCUGCAUCAAAAGAUUUUAGUGUAACAGUAAAAACACCACCGAAACCUACAAUAAAUAAUGUGCCAAGUGACUCGAUAUUUACUGAAAAUUUCGAUAUCACAUUAAACAUUAAGGCACAAUCUACCGGUAUUUGUUAUUAUAAAAUUGAUGAAGGAAAUGAACAAGAACAACCAUACUCAGGAUCUGAAAGUUCUUAUUCGGCAACAGUAACCGUUGAUGUUUCAAGUUUAACGUAUGCUCAAAACCAACACACUGUAACUUUUCUCAGGUGCACAGAUAAUGAUAAAUUGUCCGGAGAUUUCCCAUCCGAAAAUAACCAAUUUCAAUUCAAUAUUAAGCAUCAACCCUCAAUCAGCGCUGUUAAUAUACAAAAUUCACCAGUAACAACAAAUACAGUGCAGUUCACCAUAACAUAUUCUGAUUCUGAUACAGGAAAACCUUUACGAUUAUACAUUAGCAACCAAGAUAACAUAGAUUCAGCUUCUUCAUUAGGUGAUCAAUUUGACUCAGGCUCAACACCGGCCGAGUUCAGCUAUAAAUUUAUACCAAAUAAUGAUCAUGAUGCACAAGAAUUUACUUAUUAUUUAUGGUUAAAGGAUGAAGAUUCUAGUACUAGUACCACAAAUAAACAAUCCGAAUCACAGAGUCUUGUAUUUACCUACAACAAAGCUCCUACCAUGGAUUCAUUUACCGCACCCGACGUGCAUGCAUAUAAAAAUGGAGUCGAAGCUUCAUUUACAAUAGGCGUGACAGAUGAUUCCACAGGUAAGGUCGUUUUCUAUCUCAAUGAUAUCAACACACCAAUACUUGAGUUGGACUAUGCAAAAGGUACUUCAACAGCAGAUUACAAAUUACAAAUUGACUCAACCAACUUUCCAUAUAAAUCUGAUGAUUAUACCAUUUCAAUCCAACUUAAAGAUCAAUAUCAAGUAUCAUCUGAUGCUUUACACACCUUUAAUUUCAAAGUUAGAAAUCCUCCAGCCAUAUCAGAUUUAUCAAUAUUACAGAAUGUUUAUCAAUUAGGAAAAACUGAUCCUGUCCAAGUGCGUUUCACACUAACAGAUAGCGAUUCAACUAAGGAUAUAAAUAUCUUCCAAAAAAUUGGUGAUUCUGAAAAACAAAUUGAUAGUAUUACAGGUUCACAUGAAUCAACAAUUACAAGAGAAUUUAAUCUUGACCUCCAGGGCAUUACAGCUGGCGAUUACCAAAUUUAUAUCUAUGCAUCAGAUACAGAUACACCGCCAACUUCCAACUCAAAAUCUGCCGAAGUCAAUCCUGUAUCACUAACGGUUGCUCCUCAAAUGGGAUUGACACUCAACAAUAUAAAGGAAUUUUAUAUUAACCCAGUUCAAAUCCAAUCUACUGUAACUCUUACAAAUUUGAACGAAGGUGGUAAAUUUGAUACUAAGAUAUUAAAGGGUACUACAGUACAACAUUCAGAAAUGGAUGAUACAUAUUCAACUACCUCUGAUCCUACUAUUGAUUUUCAAGUACCUAACGAUUUGGCAGCCGGCGAAUAUACAUUGCAAGUUCAAGCCAUAGGCGAUCAUACAUAUUCAGAUAUUGUUAGCAAAUCAUUUAGAGUAAUCAUUCAAACUUCUAUUUCUUUAACACUAGAAGAUUUAAAUGAAUAUUCUGAAGACACAGAUAACAUUCCUAUCGAAGGAAAGGUUUCUGGUAGUGGAUAUAUUACACUCACAGUACAACUUGACGAACAAACGCAAGAAGGAAUUACAACAACAAUAUCGCUUGGAGAUGGAACUAAAAAUCAAGAAAUCACCGGAUUAAGCAUUCCAACAUCGAGCUUACAGAAAGGCCACCAAUAUACCCUCAAAGUUAUAGCUACAAGUUCAUUUGAUUCAGGUGAUUAUAAAGAGAACAAUGAUGAAUUUAAAUUUAUUAUCAUUCGAAAGCCAAUAUUAUCUAAUGUCCAAUUUGAACCAAGUAUUUAUGCUAUUGGAGAUGAGACUUCUCCUAGACUCAAAGGAAGAGUAAGUCAAUUAUAUUCUAUGGAUGUCACAAAAUUCUAUAUCCAUUACCGUAAAUCUGAUCAGGCUCCGUAUGAACAUUAUCAGCUCACUUCAACUAACCAACAAGGCGAGUUUGAUAUUCCAAUCAGCUUUAAUACUGCAGGAACUUAUACAUAUACUGUAAUUUGCAAUGAUAAUUCAGAUCCUGAAGCCAGCACAUAUGCUAAAUCCGAUCCAUCUAAUCCACAAAUCAUUGUUACUCAGAGACCUACUCUUACAGGUUCAUUCUCUACUUCUACAUAUUAUAGCAGCAAUGAUGCAAACAGUAAAAUUAAAGUUACAUAUGAAGCUAAUGAUGAUAGUUCAUAUUCAGUCAUAUUUGAAGUAAAUUCAACUGAAGUUAAAACUAUCACAGACCAAACAGGACACACAUCAGGUUCAGAUGUAGAAAUUCCAAUUCAAUCAUUUACAUAUAAUGGUGGACACGAAUACCAACUCAAAGUUUAUGCAAAAGAUCAACAUGAAUUUACAUCAGAUUCACCAAUUACUAAAUCAUUCAAAAUCAUGAACCAGCCAAGUAUUUCAAUAAAUAUAGAUAAUCCAUAUCCAAGAAGACAAGAUUCUAUCUGUGCAACUUGCACAUUAAAUGAUAUAGAUAAUGAAAAGCCACUCAACUUAUUCUAUCAAUUGGUUCAAAAUGAUAAUGUCAUAAGAAAAGAGAAAAUAGCUAGUAAUCAUCAAUCUAACGGCCAAGCAAACCAAACAGUUACUGUCACACCAAUAACUAUUCAAGCAAAUGAUGCAUUUGGUGUUUCUAAACUCAAAUUCUAUAUGUCAUAUUUAGAUGAUUUAGAUCUACAGUCUACUAAUUCUUAUGCAAACUCUCCAGUAGUCGAAAAAGAUAUCACAAUCACAAUGAAUCCUGAAUUUGAAAUUACCAACCAAAAUAAGUUCUACAAGACUGAUGCAACACAAGCAUCUGUUUCAGUUUCUUACAAAGGUUUAGGAGAUCUUAAAUUUAAACAAGUAACUGAAUCAACAGAGACUGAUAUUAAUGUACAAGUUCCAGCAAGUGAAACAGAUUCUACAUUAACAUUUAUGAUUGAUAUUCCUUCAGGAUCAACAUAUGGUAAGAAAGAUGUCACAAUUAAGCUCCAUAGCUCUCAUGGAUAUGAUGCAACAAAGACAUUAUCAUAUACAAUUCUUAAUCAACCUACUCUCGCGAAUGUCUCAGUCCUACCAGAAAAUGUAAUUAGUGGUAAAACUGUAAAGGUUACAGGUACAGUCACUGAUGCCGAUCUUGAUGGUUCGCUCCAAAAUAAGAAGAAGUCAUAUUUGCACAUCAUUUCCGCUACAAGUAACAUUAAUUUCAAGAAAGAAAUCACAACAACUACAUUUAGUAUUAAUGAAGAAUUCACUGUACCAAUGCCGAAUGAAGCAUCAGAUGAAGCUCAGACAGAAUUUAAGAUAUUUGUUUCCAAUAAUGAAGAUCCAAACGCACAAGUAGCUCCAGAAUGGGCUAAGUCUUCUGAAACAACAAAGCAAAUCAAUAUCAUCAAACGUCCAACAGUUGUCAUUACAUCAAUUGCUGCAGAAUACUACGAAAAGGGAGCAUCAAUUACUGUUGCUGGUACAUUCAAGACAAAUACAGAUGCAACAUUCACCUACUACUUUGAUUCAAAUGAACCAAAGAAUCUUGGCACAGUUCCAAAGGCUACAGCACACUUUUCAUACGAAAUUUCUAUUCCAGAUACACUCACACAUGGAAAACACACAUUAAAUAUUGUUGUUGCUGAUAAACAUUCAUAUACAUCAGUUCCUGCUACUCUCAAUUUCACUAUCUGGAACAAACCGAAGUUAUUGAGUGCUUCUUUAGCAGAAGAGAAAUAUAAAGCGGGACAGUUAAUAGUAAUCAGUGGCAAAGUACAUGAUAACGACAAAGAUGACAAACUCCAGUUCUACGUAGCAUUUAACGAUCGCGAAGCAACAAAUGCUUAUGAACAUACAUCAAGUGGAGCAGAAGAAGAAUUCAGCUUCAAUGUAACUACACCAUCUAAUAUUACAGCUGGAGAUGUUAAUGUUACAAUUUAUGUUGUUGAUCAGGAUAAGUUAGAAUCAGAGAAAUUGAAUUCAACAUUCAAUUUAUAUGUCAAGGAAGAUAAGACAAGCGAAAAAGAAGGAAAUAGCGAUAAGAAGAAGACAACAAUUAUAGUUGUUGUUGUUAUAAUUGUUUGCGUUAUUUUGAUUAUCAUCGUUGCAGUCAUUAUUGCAAAGAAGCUUAAGAAUCGUAAAGACGAAUCAAGCAGCUUCUCUGGAGACUCGCAAAGAAUGCCAGAGUACGAACUUAAGAAUGAAGAGACAAUCAUUACCGGUGGUGCACCACAAUCCAAUGUUACAAUGGAUAAUCCAUUGUUCUUAUCUACAAACACUGAUCGCAACAAUCCAUUCAAUGACACAGAUGAUGCAGGAGCAGAUAGUGAUGAUCAUGGAGAAGAUCUCAAAGAAAAUGAAAUCGUUUUCAUGUAA